AUGGCUGCGAGUUCUAAGGUGAGCUUGAAGCUCCUUAUUGACUGCAAGAGUAACAAAGUCCUUUUUGCUGAAGCAGGGAAAGACUUUGUUGAUUUCCUAUUUAACCUCCUUUCUCUGCCUCUUGGCACUGUUAUUAAGCUUCUCAAAACAAACUCCAUAGUGGGUUCUCUUGGAAGCCUCUACGAGAGUAUCGAAAAGCUCAGCGAAACCUACAUGCAUCCCAACCAAAACAAAGAUUCAUUGCUCAACCCUAGGGCUCGAACUCCAGCUUCUGGUGUCCCACUCUUGCUUGUUAAUGAUGCGGCGGGUAGGAAAGUGUACAUGUGUCCUGAUAGUAAUCAUCGCAAUGUGGCUGAUGAUUCGGGCAUGGCUUGUCCUCAGUGUAAGAAACGGAUGGCGACUGAGGUGACGGUUGUAGGUCGAAAUGUCGGGGAAGGGAAAACAAGUGAUGAAGGAGGAUUUGUGAAAGGGGUACAUAUAUGGUGA